AUGAUCUGCCAGAUCAUGCUUCCAACAGUCUACUCGCAUAGCAUCGCCCUUGCUGCAGUGCCAUUUUUUGCCAGUGUCUACGCCGCCAGCGGGUCCCUUGACGGCGAGGCUAUCGGUUCCGGGGAAUCGGACGAGUCCGCUGUGGCUUCCGUGACCGUGAAAACUGCCGCAACUGCCGCAACUGCCGACACGGCUGAAACGGUCGCCACUGCCACAAACACACAAACCACCGCUGUCGAGGGCCAAUGGCAGGCAGAGUCGACCGCCACCUCCGUCGCCGCCUCGGAAGAAACCACCUCUGCUGCCUGGGCCCAGCUCGCCUCCAACACUGCCACCGACUCGGUCUCUACGACCGCCUCUGUCACAGAGUACGCCUCCGCCACCAGCUCCGGCUGCGGUGGCGCAUACGCCCAGUGCGGCGGCCUGGGCUACUCCGGGAACACCUGCUGCCAGGCCGGGUACCAGUGCGCGACGGCCAACAGCUACUGGGCGCGGUGUGUCGCCGCAUCGACGCUUGCCUCGUCGGCCGUCAGUGGCUCCGCCAGCGCCUCUGCCAGCGCCUCCACCAGCGGCACAACCUACACCACCACGUACACCACGCACUUCUCCUCCACCGUCCAGCAGAGCGGCUCCUCGUACGUCACCGAGGGCAGCUCCGUGGUGACGUCUGUUGUCAAGAGCAGUUCCGUCGCGACCGUGUCCGAGAGCAACGGCGGCGCUCCGCUCAGAAUGUACGAGGGCUCCUGGAAGAGCAAGGCGCUGGUUGGAGGGCUUUUGGGAAUGACUCUGCUGGUGGGAAUAAAUUAG